UUGACUGUAAACAUCCUGCCGAUUUUAAAAGGACAGCGGUGAGCGGGAGGAAGGCGACUGGCGCCAUCUUGGCUGUUUUAAUGAGUACAACAGGGGAGGAUUCGCUGGGAGAAAUAACAUAAUUAUUGGAAUUUCACUGUAAAAGGGGUACUGUCGGUGGACCAUACAGCAGUGUGAUUGUGUGAGCCAGGGGAACCAGGGCAAUGUUCUACGCCCACUUUGUCCUCAGCAAGCGUGGGCCGCUGGCCAAGAUCUGGCUAGCGGCCCAUUGGGACAAGAAGCUGACCAAGGCCCAUGUGUUUGAAUGCAACUUGGAGAGCAGUGUGGAGAGCAUCAUCUCACCCAAGGUGAAGAUGGCAUUGCGUACAUCAGGCCACCUGCUCCUCGGGGUGGUGAGAAUCUACCACAGGAAGGCCAAGUACCUGCUUGCUGACUGUAAUGAAGCCUUCAUCAAGAUCAAAAUGGCUUUUAGACCAGGUGUGGUGGAUCUACCUGAGGAAAACAGAGAGGCAGCCUACAAUGCCAUCACCUUACCUGAGGAGUUCCAUGACUUUGACCAGCCACUUCCUGAUCUGGAUGACAUAGAUGUGGCCCAACAGUUCACCCUGAACCAGAGCAGAGUAGAAGAGAUCACCAUGAGGGAAGAUGUUGGCAACCUCAGCCUGCUGCAGGACAAUGACUUUGCUGACUUUGGUAUGGAUGACCGAGAGAUGAUGCGUGAUGCCAGCACAUUUGAGGAGGAUAUCAUGCACGGUGCCACAGCCUCUAACCUUUUGCUUGAGGCUGAGCCUGGCCCAGCCAAUCUCCCAGACAAGUCCAACCACAUGGAGUAUGAUGACUUUGGGGACGGUUCAAUGGGCAACAGUGAUGGGGGAAUGCUGGUUGAUAAGCUACUGAGCUCUGAAGAUGGAGGAGGUAUUUUUGAUGACCCUCCAGCCAUCACAGAAAGUGUCAUGAUGCCUCGAGAUCCCGGCGAUGAUGAGGACGACUUUGACAACCUCCAGUCACCGGGUCCAGACAGCCCAGACUCUGGCCCAGCAGAGCCACUGCCAGCAAUGGCUGACCAGACGGAACAGACCACUCUGGUUCACAAUGAGGAGGAGGCCUUUGCCCUGGAGCCCAUUGACAUCACUGUGAAAGAGACCAAGGCGAAGCGUAAGAGGAAGCUGAUUGUGGACAGUGUAAAGGAGCUGGACAGUAAGACCAUCAGGGCCCAGUUGUCUGACUACUCGGACAUUGUCACCACCCUGGAUCUCGCCCCUCCCACCAAGAAGCUUAUGAUGUGGAAGGAGACUGGAGGAGUGGAGAAGCUUUUCUCUCUGCCUGCUCAGUCACUCUGGAACGCCAGGCUGCUCAAGAUGUUCACACGCUGCCUGACACCCCUGGUGCCAGACGAGCUGAGGAAGAGGAGAAAGGGCGGCGAAGCAGACAGUCUGGAUGAGUUCCUCAAAGAGCUGGAGAACCCAGAGGUGCCUAGAGAGGAGGUCAUGAGUCAGAACAGAGAUGUUAUUGACCAAACUAUCAUGGAGGAGCCCAGUAUGCUGGCAGCCUCUGCAAUGGAGGGCAGUAGGACGACCCUGGAUGAAACGGUCAUGCCUCCUCCAUCCACCCCUCGAGGUGUCAAACGCAAGACCCUCGACAAAGAGGGCACCCUUCCUAUGGCUCCCUUGGAGCAGCAGCAGCAGCAGGUGGCUGACCGCUCAGUCCUGUCUCAGAGGUUAGACAUGCAUCAGGUGGAUCUUCCCCCAGAGGAGAGCAGCCUCAGCCUCACCCAGCUUGUCCCCGAGCUUGACCUGCUUGGUGAAAAGGGCAAAGACAAGAAGGAUGAUAGCGAUGAAGAGGAGGAUGAGGACGGUCAGGGUGGAGACCAGGAUCAGGAGGAGAAGAGAUGGAACAAGAGAACCCAGCAGAUGCUGCAUGGCCUCCAGCGCGUCAUGGCUAAGACUGGUGCGGACUCAGUUAGCUUGCUUGAAUUGUGCCGGAACAACAACAAGAAGCAGGCAGCUGCCAAGUUUUACAGUUUCCUCGUCCUCAAGAAGCAGCAAGCCAUCGAGGUCACCCAGACUGAGCCCUACAGCGACAUCAUUGCCACCGCUGGACCAAGAUUCCACCUUAUUUAGACAUUGGAAGAACAGACAAACACUCUGCUUGCAACAGACAUACUUUUUAAAUUACUCAACUUUUUUGCCUUUUUAUUUUGUGUUUUCCUGUUCCAUUUUCUCUGGGGAAGGGGAGGGAGUAGUGGGGAACGGGUUGGAAUUUUAAAAACAAAACACGAUUUUACUGUACUACAGAUGGAAUCAUGCAGUAUUCAAUUGGUUGAAAUGGAGUGAGGAAGAAUGUCUCUAACAAGUAUAUUUAUAAAUCAACCUUUUUUUCAGUCACCAAUUUGUAAGCUUUUCUUUAUUUUGUUUUGUAAGUUAAAUUUCUAUUGUCUGCUUAUUCCAUAAGUUUUGUACCAUUGCCCCUCACAACGUAAUUAUUGCAGAUUUUAGAUAAAGAGCCCUGUAUUUUCA